CACUGCCACCACCUACCCACCCCAAACCAAGGAUGAAAGGAGGAACACAUUGUAUAGCGAGAUAAGUGCAGACCAUUGGAUGGGCGUUCAUAUAGAGACCAAUAGUGAAGCGUGCAUCAGCCGCGAGACAAAAUCUAUAUUUGCGAAUAUUAUCAAACAACAUACACAUAGGCCUAUUGACGGAUCAUGAUUAUUGACGCACCUUAAUUAAAGUAUUCUAUAUCGGACCAUGGAAUGUUCUUUGUCAUGGACCUCGGGACUAUUGAUGUGCUUCGUUGCAUGAUAUAGUAAUGUUUUCAUGAGUACACUGUUGUGGGUGGGAUUGUGCUGCAAACGCUUCAAAGCGUAGGCUAUAUGUUUAUGGAUUCGGGUACUCACACCGCGAGGCCCCAUGGAACCUGCGACAAAUGAAAAGUAGUGCGUGCGUUUGGGCUUUGCGCUCCUCAGGAAUCCUGUGAUUUGUGUGAUUGGCCAACAUCAACAUGCCCACCUCACGCUCGGGCGCCAGCCCCGUGGAAUACUGGGUCGAUGGAUCGCGCAGAGAUGUCUCCAUGGAAGAGUUCUACACCAUGGGUCCUGAACUGGGAAGGGGGGCUACGUCAGUGGUGUUUCGCACUGAGGAGAAGCAGACACAGAAGCCCUAUGCUGCAAAGGUCCUGAAGAAAACUAUUGACAAGAAAAUCGUGCGGACUGAAAUUGGAGUUCUGCUGCGACUUUCCCACCCAAAUAUUAUCCGCCUGAAGGAGAUUUUUGAGACCGAGACAGACAUCGCCCUCAUCUUGGAGCUGGUGACCGGAGGGGAACUCUUUGACAGGAUUGUGGAGAGAGGAUAUUACAGCGAGAGAGAUGCUGCCCACGUCAUCAAGCAGAUUCUGGAGGCAGUGGCGUAUUUACAUGACAAUGGGGUGGUGCACCGUGACCUGAAACCAGAAAACCUUCUGUACGCUGACCUCUCUUUGGAUGCCCCGCUUAAGAUUGCUGACUUUGGCCUCUCAAAGAUAAUAGAUGAGCAAGUUACCAUGAAGACGGUGUGUGGCACACCUGGAUACUGCGCUCCAGAGAUCCUCAGAGGCAAUGCCUAUGGUCCUGAAGUGGACAUGUGGUCUGUGGGAGUGAUCCUGUACAUCUUGUUGUGUGGGUUCGAACCAUUCUUCGAUCCGAGGGGAGACCAGUACAUGUACAGCCGCAUCCUCAACUGCGACUAUGAGUUUGUCUCCCCCUGGUGGGACGAGGUCUCCCUCAACGCGAAGGACUUGGUCAGUAAGCUGAUAGUGCAGGACCCCCACAAGAGGCUGACGGUGAAGGAGGCCCUGGAGCACCCCUGGGUACUGGGCAAGGCUGCCCGUUUCUCCCACAUGGACACCACUCAGAGGAAGCUACAGGAGUUCAACGCCCGGCGCAAACUCAAGGCUAUCAUGAAGGCUGUGGUGGCCACCAGCCGUAUGCACGAGGGCUCCCGGCGGCGCACGGACAGCUGCGAUAUGCCCGGCUCUGACAAGACCACCUCCAGGCAGAGCAGCAUGCAGCAGGACCCUCCCCAGGACUCUCUGGAGGGCCAGGCCUGCCAGGGAACGGACACUUCCCAGACCCAGGAGGACGACCAGUGCCCCCCACCCCUCCCGCCACGCUGCCCCAUACCCUCCACCACCAACCCUCCUCUAUUGGCUGGGGGUCUCUUCCCCUCCCGUCCACCCACCAGGCCCCCGCUAAGGGGAGUUGAUGGGCAGAGACAGAUGUCGGUCAUCCCCAAGACCGCAGUGGUACGGCCUAGGGUGCCCCAGAAGAGCUGCUCCUCGGUGGACUCCACCACCACCAAGCGGGAUCCGUCCUCCCCGGUCUUGACCACUCCCCCGAGCCCCAAAAGCCUCGGCAACAGAUUCUCCAUGGGGGUGGAGUCUGGCAGCAAAACGGCACAGUGUCAAUGAGUGAGCGGCAGGUACCAAACAGUACGAGCUCCUCACCUACUGUAGGAGCUCCUAAUGUUAUCCUAAAAUGGCCGACGUCAUUGUGAGAGUCAGGUGAGAUGGUAGAAGAUGACAACAUGGAGGAGGAAGGAUGAGAGGGAGAAUGGAUGUCUAAUCUCGUCAUAUCUGUAUCUGUUUAGACCGGGGACAAACGACUACUAUACUGAUAUUUAUUGUUCCUCUGUGUGCGUAACGAGUUCAGAUACUCAUAACGAAUUUGCAAAUUAACUUUGGUCUAAACUUUGUUGCCAAGUUGCUUUAACCUCUUAAUUUUCAUUGCUUUUCAAGACAAGGCCUCUCUGAAAAGGACAAGGCCUCUGAACUGUUUUACUUCAAAGGCCACAUACUUUGUAUUCUCUGCACCUUUCUACAAUUCAAUGUUGGAAUCUACAGACUUCAUAUGCAAAUAUGUGAAUGCAUACACAUAAUCCUCUCAUUCAGGUAGUAAAGAUAUUGUAUUUGUGAGCUUAUGAAUGUAGUCAAGGUGUAUUGUAAUGUUUAUUUUGCAAUAAUGGUAAUGAUCUAAUAUUUGCACUGUAUACGUUGAUUAAUCUACAUAGAUCACAACAAAAAGCAUUCACACUGCUAAUCGUUUACUAUUUAAGUCAAACUGCACUUUUAUUCCUCUGGAAAUGUACAUGACUGACCAGAAUAGCUUGUUUGUGGCUCAAACAAAUUCUCUUCAUUCAUUGGUUGUAAAACAUUAUUGGGUAGUUACCCAUCUGCUGAAGGAACGCACAUCAUAUUCACCUCGUCUCUACAACCUCACUGGAGCUAGCACUCUACCUCUGUGUGCAGGGGCUUCCAACCCAGUAAUGUCAAAACCUGUAAAGAAACUGUUGGACGAGGUGAGGUUGAGGCAAAGCACAGCCUUUCUGCAACAGAAUCAUAUUGUAAGUGGCAGGUACAUACCUGCGAGGCGAACCCUCAUUUUCAUUGGCUAAGGGCUUUUCUCAAUGGAACUCAAAUAACUGAUCAAUUGAGUGUCAUUAAAAUACAGUCAAUUUCCAUUUCAAUGGCCAACCUUCACCUGCUAACUUGUAUUCUCACUAACAUUGCCAAAUAGUAAGCCUGCAUUAUACUGCUGAAAUGUUCAUACAUGUAUAAACCAUUCAUUUACACCUAUGAAAUGAUGUAUAAAGUAUGGCUGUUUUAAUUAUCAUAAUUAUUGCUUACAAAUGCAUUAUUUGGGGGUUGGGAGGGGGGUGUAGUUAAGUUGUGUUUGUUUUGUAAUUAAUUUGUUUCCCGUUUUUCAUUCAUUCAAAUAAUUGUAGCCUACCUUUUGAAGGUGACAUAUUUUAGACAUGAGAUUGAUUUAACGGUCAUAAGAGUAUUGAAGGUGUACAGGUCUAUACAUUUUGUAUGUUUGAUCAUAUCACAAUAAUCUAAAUCAAUUGGAUUUGAUUGUCUUGUAUUCUACAGAAAUAUUUAACACAGCAUCCAUUCAAGAUGGUAGUUGCUGUGUGAUGACAUAAAAUUAAUAAAACAUUUACUUAGAAGUCCAA